ACCCAAGCGGUCGAGCUGCGGGAUUUCGCAGGUGAAUUAUUAAUUACAAUCGAAUGAGCAAAAUAAAAAAACAGAGAAUCAGUACCUACAGUACCGUUUGAGUAUUUUUACGAAUACCCAGUGCCUGAGGCUUGCCAGAAAAGUAAACGGCCAUACCGUGUUAACCAACCUGUUGUUGAGUAAACUGCAAAUGAGCAACAUGGUUUGUUUCGUUUAUAAGCAAGCUGUUUAUUGAAGGGCCUUGAACGUAAACACUUUUCCGUGGUGUUUUGCUUAGGGUGACAACCAUUGUUCGAGAAUGAGUGCAUGACACACAAACACACACACACACACCCAGGAAGUUGCCACGCUUUCAGUCGCUCGAUCUCGGAGUGGAUCAUAGAGAAGGUGUCACGGAAUGCUUGAUAAAUACAUCGCGUCCAACUCUUUCACUCCACGAAUGGCCAUCAAUCACUUAGAUAUGGUUUUCAUUUCUCUUUUAUUCACAGCAAAUCCAUCGAUCUUGUGCGUCAAUCGAUCGACAAAAAAAUUUCAUUCGUUUUGCCACACGAGAAUACCCAUGAUUGGUUCAAUUAAAAAGGGGUCAAACGUGUAUGGUCCGUCCAGUCACGCCAGCCAAUGAUAUCUUCUCUUCCGAGGAAUGAACCGUCCACACGAAUUUUCAAUCACAUGCAGAGAAGAGCCAAAUGACAGCUCAAUGGACGAUGAUUUUCAUCAAUAGAAAGGAAUUAAAGUUCAACAACUCCGGUUCGGUUUCGAACACGCGUGUGGAUAUGUCGCUUUUCUAAGUGCCCAAGACUUGAGAGUGGCCAGUGGAAGAAUUAUCGACCAAACCUUAAGAACAGCGAGGUGCAGUGAAAAUUAAUUGAUUUUUAUCGUCGCAUGCCGACAAAGCAAAGCAAACUUAAGGCAGAAAAUUCUAUGAUCAAGAGAGCACACAGUUUAUGAGUAAUUAUGAUUUCAAAUCACGGUUCUAAAAUUACCGCAACAUACACUUCGCGUACAGAAAUAUGUGUAAAAGCACAAGCUAGAGUUCCUUCAACGUCGCUCGCCGUUAUGGCAAACAAACAGGAUCCGACCGAGCGAUAUUAUUUUCUCAAACAAAAACUGAUUUGCAUUAAUACAUAAUGUUUGUAGCGCUCCACUCCGUCCGUCCGUCAGUCAACCUAUCGAAUAAGUAAAACCACGCAGCACCGUACGGUGCUGCCCUCUCAUGGGCCAUGCAAACAACACGGUCCUGGCAUUAAGACAAACUAGAAAGAAAAAAAAAACCGACCGAGACCAAACUGCAUGCGAUAUAGUUUUCCAUCAUUUACUUGCUUCUACCUACUCUCGAAAAGUAUGCACGAAUGCCUAUUCCGAGCGGUGCGAGCCAGACGGCCAUUCAGCCUAUAGCAUAGGUUCCACCACGUUGACAAAUGCCUUCCGAUCCGGUGUGUUUCUGUCCUACGUACCACCAACACCAGCAAUGCGCGGUCCACCAGUGCCAACGCCGCCAAGUCCCGUAGUCUGCGAAGAGAGCAUAGGCCAGCAGGUGCUGCCCCCAUUGAAAACGGUGGCCAGCGAAACAAACUAGCGCACGAAGCAAAACCGGACCCGAACGAGCCCGAUUGCGAUUCUUUCAUUCUCCCGCUAUUCAUCCAUUCUGAGCAGCAACUUUGCUGCGGUUCGUUCCACCGUAGGUUGUUCAGUUCGAGUCGGAUCGUCGCGAAGAAUAGAAGUACAUUGCACAUCGUCCUCGUAACGGGUGUGAUUCCAAAACGACUAACGUUCUUGGGAGUGUAAAACAUAAGCACAGAGCUCUCCAAUUGCGCUCAACUAUCAUCAUCAUCUCACUGGACGUCGUGUGUGCAUGGGGAGCAAAUAAGUGUAGUGUAGGGCAGGCAAAGUACCAUUUUGAAGUUUGCCUCGAAGAAAAAAAAAGAAGAGAAGAAAAAACCAACGGAUAUCAAGAAACCAGAGUGUGUGGCGAAGAACAGCAUGAAAAUUAUAACAGCUUACUGCUGCUGCUGCUGCUCCAACAACGGAGUCGUGUGAAAUGAACUGAGCAAUAAAAGUAGCGAAGAAAGCACGGAAAAUAUUAAAUGUCUAAUGAGGAGCCCACUGAAGAAGAGUGGUGAAUAUAUUAAAAAAUGAAAUAACAGUGCAGCGUUAGUUUGUGAAAUAUUCGAAAUUCGUGCUCAUUUUCAUUGGCCGAGCUGAGCUAGUUUGCGCUGUGGGUUGGUUGUGGUUCGUUCGGCUCCGUUUCCUUGUAUUCUUUCCCUGCUCGGAACCUGAUUUCGGAAAAAGGAAAAAAUCGAUAACACAACAAGCAGAGCAACACAGAAGCAGGAAAAAAAGUGAAGAAAAGUUUGAAGAUGCUUAAUUUAUGAUAUCGAAGAAAAAACGUAGUUUUAAACGGUACGCGGUCGUGUGAAGCAGAGUUUCCGCGAAAGAAGAGAUAGUGCGGAGUUUAGUAACUCGGUCAUUGUCGUCACGACUCAAAGAAGAGAAAAAUAUGGAGCGACCCAGGACCUUAGCAGUGAGCUUCUUGCUGCUGUUGGCGGUUUCCGUGGCGUUCGGUUCACAGUGCAGUUGGGAGUACGAAAAAGCUAGUGUUACCUGUCGUUUGCGGACACUGGAACGCACCGGGCUCGAUCUGCAGGAUGCCGAAGGCACAUCCCGCCUAGAUAUUCAGUGUAGUGAACUAAUUCUGUUCGAGAGUCAAUUACCGAAAAAUUCCUUCCUACGACUAUCGAGCCUAAGUGAACUGAAAAUCGAAUCGUGCAAGUUGCUUCAGCUUCCCGAGGGAGCAUUCGAAGGGCUGAUGGCUUUGAAGAAACUAAGUGUCUAUACAAGAAACUACGAGUGGAGUGCCGGCAAAGUGUUGGAACUGCAAAGUCUCUCGAUGCAAGGACUGAAAGAACUGCAAUCACUGGACUUAAGUGAUAAUAACAUUCGUGCACUGCCGGACGGUUUUUUGUGUCCGCUGACAAGUUUGAAAGUUUUAAAUCUGACCAACAAUCGUAUUCGGUCGACCGAGAGCCUCGGUCUCGCCGGAAAAACCUGCAGCGGUGGAUCGGAAAUACAAACGUUGAACCUGAGCUACAAUGAAAUUAUGAAGAUUCCGGAGAACUGGGGAGUUUCCCGACUGAGACGGCUGCAGCAUCUUAAUCUAGAGUACAACAACAUCACCGAACUGCAUGGUGAAGCACUGGCUGGUUUAAGCUCGUUAAGAACACUGAAUUUGAGCUACAAUCAUCUGGAAACUUUACCAGCCGGCUUACUAGCAGGGUCUCGUGAACUGCGAGAGAUUCACCUGCAAGGUAAUCAACUGUAUGAGUUGCCACGGGGAUUGUUUCACCGAUUGGAACAAUUGCUGGUGCUGGACCUGUCCCGUAACCAACUGUCUUCGCAUCACGUCGAUAACGGUACUUUCUCCGGCCUGAUUCGCCUGGUGGUGCUGAACCUUGCCCACAAUGCGCUCACUCGGAUCGAUUCACAAACCUUCAAAGAGCUCUAUUUUCUACAAAUUUUAGAUCUGCGUAACAACUCGAUCGGUUAUAUCGAGGACAACGCUUUCCUGCCGUUGUACAAUUUACAUACACUCAACCUGGCCGAAAACCGGUUGCACACGCUCGACGAUCGUCUGUUUAAUGGCUUGUAUGUGCUCUCCAAGUUGACCCUGAAUAACAACCUCAUCAGCAUCGUAGAGCGAAAUGUGUUUAAAAAUUGUUCCGAUCUGAAAGAGCUGGAUUUGAGCUCGAAUCAACUGUCAGAGGUUCCACAUGCGAUUCGUGAUUUGACGGUGCUUCGUGCGCUCGAUUUGGGUGAAAACCAAAUAAACUACAUCGAGAAUGGAACAUUUGCAAACCUAAACCAGCUGACCGGUCUGCGGAUGAUCGACAAUCAGAUCGAAAAUAUUACGAUCGGAAUGUUUACCGAUUUGCCGCGGUUGAGCGUGCUUAAUCUGGCGAAAAACCGAGUGCAGAACAUCGAGCGCGGUUCUUUCGAUAAGAAUCUGGACAUCGAGGCGAUUCGGUUGGAUGGAAAUUUCCUGACCGACAUAAAUGGUAUUUUCGCUACCCUAUCGUCGUUGCUGUGGCUCAAUCUGGCCGAGAACCAUUUGGUGUGGUUUGACUAUGCGUUCAUUCCCAGUAACCUGAAGUGGUUGGACAUUCACGGUAACUACAUCGAGUCGCUUGGUAAUUACUACAAGCUGCAAGAGGAAAUCAAAGUGAAAACCUUGGACGCCAGCCAUAAUCGAUUGACUGAUAUUGGCCCGAUGAACGUUCCGAACAGCGUCGAGUUGCUAUUUGUCAACGACAACCACAUCAGCACAAUCCAUGCAAACACCUUCAUCGAUAAAAUAAAUCUAGCGCGCGUUGAUAUGUACGCUAAUUCACUGAAAAAACUUCAACUGCAUCAACUUCGUGUGGCACCGCAGCCGAUCGAUAAACCGCUGCCGGAAUUUUAUCUCGGCGGCAAUCCGUUCGAGUGUGAUUGCUCGAUGGAGUGGAUGCAGCGCGUAAAUAAUUUGACAGCCCGGCAGCAUCCGAAAAUCAUGGACCUGCCGAACGUGGAAUGCAUUAUGCCACAUGCGAGGGGAUCGCCAAUCCGUCCGAUCGUGUCACUGAAACCAAAGGACUUUUUGUGUAAAUACGAAACGCACUGUUUCGCGUUGUGCCAUUGCUGCGAUUUCGACGCCUGCGACUGUGAGAUGACUUGUCCGACCAACUGUACGUGCUAUCAUGACCAAACCUGGGGCACUAAUGUGGUCGACUGUGGCAACCAGCGAGCCACACUUUCCAAACCGGUUCCGAUGGACGCUACCGAAGUGUACAUGGACGGUAAUGACUAUCCAGAGCUGCAAAAUCAUGCCUUUAUCGGACGCAAGAAUCUGAAAGUGCUUUUCGCCAAUGCGAGCAAAAUUAUCACGAUUCAAAAUCGCACAUUCACUGGGCUUACCGCACUGCAGGUGCUCCAUCUGGAAGAUAACGCUAUUCAGAAGAUUCACGGUUAUGAAUUUGAAAACCUCGGCCUGCUGAAGGAGCUCUACCUACAGAAUAACAUGAUUUCCGUGGUCGCAAACAACUCAUUCGCACCGUUGUAUUCGCUGCAGGUGCUGCGGAUCGAUGGUAACCGGUUGACCACCAUUCCGAUGGCUCAGCUUCAAGCAACACAGCUGCAAAGCUUGCAGUCGCUAUCGCUCGGCCGUAAUUACUGGAGCUGCCGAUGUCGAUUCAUGCAGGAGCUCACCUCGUUCGUGGCUGACAACGCAGUCAUUAUUCAAGACAUGCAGGACAUAUACUGUGUGGACGAUGGCGUCCAUCGUGAUCUGGAUUUCAACGUGACGGCUAGCUGUAGUGAUUAUUAUGCCGGCAGUUCCGUUCUGCCUGACAGGCUCUCCGAGACUUACAUCUUUCUGCUGGCCGCUGCUCUAAUCAUUGCCUGCCUGCUGGUGUUUGUGCUGAUUAUGUUUAUUUUUCGUGAACCGCUAAGAUUUUGGUUGUUUUCGCGUUAUGGAGUGCGUGUUUUCGGGCCACGAUGUGAAGAUGCCGAGAAACUCUACGAUGCCAUAUUCGUUUACUCGGCUAAGGAUGCGGAAUAUGUCGCGCGAAAUAUUGCUGCCGAGCUGGAGAAUGGCCGCCCUCCGUUGAGGCUAUGCUUGCAGCAUAGGGAUCUGUCGGAAGAUGCGUCACAUUUGCAGCUCCUGGAAGCGUCACGAGCUUCGCGACGGAUAGUGAUGCUUCUUUCGCGAAAUUUCCUCCAGACCGAGUGGAGUCGAUGUGAAUUACGGCGAGCGGUUCACGAUGCCUUGCGGGGCCGGCCACACAAGCUGGUCGUACUAGAAGAAGUUGGCGUGAUUCUGGAAGCGGAAAACGACGUCGAGCUAGUUCCUUAUCUAAAAACUACCACUGUAAAUAGAAUCAAACGGAGCGAUCGGCAUUUCUGGGAGAAACUCCGAUACGCCCUACCGGUGGAGGCACCCUAUCGAGGUAACAACUACACCAUCGAUCAUCACGAACGGGUGAAACAAACUGCCAGCGCAGGUGUAAUGUUCCGGCAGGCACCGCCAGCAUACUGUCCGGAGAUCGACGAAGCCAACUACUCGUCGGCAACGACGGCGACACCGAGUCCGCGCCCAUCGAGACGGGGCAUGGUGGAGCUUCCGCAGCGACCACCUAGUGAACAUAUCUAUUCCAGCAUCGAUUCCGACUACAGCACGCUGGAGUGCGAGAACAUGGUUCCUGGAGUGCACCGGCCGGCAACGUGGCGACCCGGUGGUGCCGGUGGCGGCGUCAACGGCGGUGCCAACAGCAUCCUCUCCGGUCAAAACACCGUCCCCCAUGGGCAUCACGUGCAGGCAUAUCUUGUCUAGGGGUGGAGCAGACCGACGAAUUCGUUGGCCAGAAAGAAAAGAAGAAAUAGUCAAGUGAUGUAAUAGAGUGUACAUAGAAGAAGAUGUAGUUGUAAUAUAGCGCUAUGAGAAACGAAAAGAAUUUAAUUGCUGAUGGAAACAUGUCAGAAGUGCUAAAUUAUAUGUAAAAAAGAAAGUGGAACCCGAGUAUUAAUAUGAGUUGUUAAGGAACUACACACUACACACGCAUGUGAAGUUGAAAAGAGAAAUAUUUGUGAUAUUGUAUUAUAAGUUUUAAUAAUAAAGCAGAAAAAUGACAAAAGCUAUAGUACGAAACAAAAGUCACACGUAACGAGUGAAUGCAACAAAAAUACCGCUAAAGCUACUAGCUACUAUCGCAACAAACAAAUAAUACACACACACAAACAAAACAAAAAAUGCAAACAGUAUAAAAUAUAGUUGAACAGCAAUGUACACGGUAACGAACAAACACCUGCUUUUUACUUACAGUUUCCAAUGUUUAAAGUCCUGCAAGUUAGAGUGAAAUAAGCGAAACGCGUUGUACUCUGUAAACGAAAAAUCGAAUCAAAAUUCUUGUCAUAUUUUUGACUGUGUUGUCUUAUUAAGUUUGUUACUUCUUCUUCUUUCGUAACAUCGAACAAAGAAAGCGCAGAAAUAAACCGAUUUAAGCUAACCCUGCAGCAGCUGUACACGUUCGUACAUCCUUCCGUGUAUAAUUAUUAUUUAAAUUAUUUAUUGCUAUUUAAUUGAUAGACACUCGUCGCUUUUCUCUCAUUAUAUUCGGUAAACAAGGCAAGAAGUGUAUUUAGUGCAAGUACGGCAAAUACCCGUUGGUUGGUCUAGCGUUUAGGGCUUUUUGCUAAAUAAAGUACGGUACGGCCGAGUGCCGCAAACAAAAAAGGGACUGAUUCAAGCGAAUAUUAAUGUUUAAUAUUGAACUGGCAAACAAAGCAGCUGUGCAUGAGGAAAAGUUACUUUCUGUAAAUAAAUAGAGACCUAUCUCUAUCUCGCUCUAUAGGGAAAUCGAAGUUUAUCUAGAUACGAACGGCAAACAAAACACACACAAACUAUGUAAAAAGUAUAUUAACGUUAAGAAAAAGUCGCUAGCAAUGGAAGGAAAUCGCUAAACAAAACCUAUCAUUACACAAAUGGAGCAAACAGUAACCAAGCGGAAAGCUAAACAGAGCAAAUCGUGUGACCAGACUGACUAAUUAAAAUGUUACACCUUACCUCCUGUGCAUUUUUCGGAAGCGCGGGAUUAGAUGAUUACAAAAAAUGACAAACUAAAGUAAAGAAAAAACACGUGAAAUUAUAGCUUCUCUGUGAGUCAACGGCAAAACGAGCUACACACAAACAAACAAA